AACACACCAGAAAUGUGACUUUAAAGCAAAUAGCGCCAUCUACUGGGGAUUGUGUGAGGUACUGCGUCAAUAAAAUACACUGAGAGAUAUGGUACCACUGCUGAGAGAGGUGGAGCUGUUGUGGCCAUCCAGUAUUAUAUCCCUGCAGGCCAAACCAAAGUCCCCAAUCCGAACAUGGCAGUCCUGACCAUGGAGGAAAAUGUUCCUUGGCUGUGGAAAAAACAAAGACAAUACAAUUAGUUCCUUAUGUCACUAGGUGUAAAGAUGCAAAAAGGUUUUUGCGUGCAAGAUCACAGUGUUUUUAUACAACAUAUUAAGAACAGACAUUUUAGGGUUCCAGGCCAUUUAACAUUACAUUUUAAAUCUUCACUUAUUUUUCUCAUAAAUUUUCCCCAUAAUGUCUCUGAUGGGAAGAUACAUCCUACAUGUCGUGUAGCUGCUGGAUGAAGCCAUUGUAAAAAGUACAGAUGAUUCAGAAAAAUCCAGUGCUUCACAUCACAUAAACUAUUCUAUUCAAAUUUGUAAAUACUGUGCUUUAUUUCCUGUACUUUAAAAGAUGGAUUGGUAGGCAUUUAAGCUUUUACAAAGUUAUAAUUCUCUGUAAAAUUUGAAAGAACCACAAGCACUGAAACGACGUAUAAAUUACUCAGAAGGGUGUCACCAGUCCCCAUAACUGGCCCCGCUUGCAGCAAGAAGUUAUCAGUUGUGACACUAUGGUACAUCACACUUUGACACUCUCAAACCUACAUGAUGAAAUCAGACUGACUGAAAACACCAAACACACACAAAACAGAAGUAGAUGCUGAAACUACCAAAUACAGAAAACAGAAGUAGCCAUUGAAACUACCACACACAGCAAACAGAGGUAGCUGAUACGCAUUUGAUUUUCCCUCCUCGGACAGCCAAAUGAACAACAUCCUUCUGAGAAAUGUGCGCUUGCAAACCAGACGAACCAGCUUUCAGCUGCUGCAUACAAGACUAAAUGGCACAGACAGCAGUGAGGCUGCGAUGCCUGGUCAUGUUAGGGAGCAAGGAACACGAAGAUAGCGGCGGUAACCUUAUGAAGUUUCACAACAAUGAAUUCUAUACUGCAAUUAUGGAUGAAGACUUGGGAUGUAUAGAAGACAUGUCAAGGAAGUAUGGGAGCAACUUCCUCAUCAAGAUACAAGACGGUGCACAAGACGUUUUUUGGAAGGGCCUUGCCAUACUUCCCCUUCACCUGGCUGCCUCUUACAGAAGAGUAAAGAGCAUGCAGAGCCUGCUGUCAGCAGGGGCAGACCCUGAAAUGAGAGACCAGCUUGGCCGAACCACUCUGCACUUAGUGAUAACCAGCUGGCCGAGCAUCCUGAGCAAACCAGGUUCCAAGAUCCAGACUGCUGUGAUGGGCUUGUGUAGGCAGGCGGAGGCCUGUCUACAGCUCCUCUGUGAGCACGGUGUUAACGUCAAUGCAAAGGUGGAGGAGAAGAGUCACCAGACAGCUCUCCACCUAUCAGUACGCUACAGGGCUCUGUCUGCUGUCAAAAUUCUCUCCAGCUAUGGUGCUGAUGUUAAUGCUGUGGACGACAGCGGGAUGACGCCCCUGCAUAUGGCAGCUGGGAUCCUCCAUAAGGACAUUAUAGCCACCUUGAUCAAGGAGGGAGCAGAUAUCAACAUGGGGGUGAAGCACUCUGGGAACACUCCUCUGCACCUGUCUGCUGUGGCAAUGGCUAUGAAGUCCACUAAAACCCUAGAGGACAAUGUUAGCUGCAUCUCUGAGCUGCUUCAGCAGGGGGCCGAGGCCGACGCUGUGAACAACGCUGGGAUGACACCUUUACAGGAGGCAUGCAGCAUGGGCAACAAGCAGCUGGUGGACCUGCUGCUCAGUUACGGAGCCAAUAUCAAUAAGCUGAGCAACGCAGGGGAGAACUGUCUGUUCCUGUUCCUGAACCACAGGUCUAAUGUAAGGAACAGCUCUCUGCUGGUGAAACUCCUCAGUCUGACGUCCCCACUCACAGUCUACAACCAGAGAGGCCACCUACCCUCUACCUUGACACUACCAUGUUUCUUCAGACAGAGAGACCAGCUACUAAAACUCAUUCAGCAGCCAAAGAGGCUUCAGGAUAUUUGCAAGCGUGACAUUUAUCUAAAACACGUCCAAGACAAGACACAAGUGUUGAGAAGAAUACUGCCUGAGAGACUAUAUGCCUUUGUAGUCAACUACUGGGAGAAUUUACACAUUUCCUUUGUGACAGAUAGUGAACAGGACUCUUUUAAUAACUUAUCUGACAUUGCUCCUAUGGCCAUUUAACAGCCAUGUGUCAAUGCAAACUGCAUCUGACUGUAAUAAGCAAUUGCAAUAAGCUACAGAGACAACACAUCUGAUCAAACAAAGCACCUUACCUUCAGGUCUCUGUGAAUGAUUCCCCUGGAGUGAAUAUACGCUACUCCUUCAAGUAUCUUUCUCAGCAGGCCGAGUGUGCGUUCAGGAUCAACACAUCCAUAAGGGCCUGAAAAUACAAAAAUAUAUUUAUUUACCACAAGUAUACUUUUAUAACUCAGAACAGGUGUGAAAUAAAUGACAACAACAAUUACAUCUUAAGGUCUGUUCUUCUCUCUGCUUGGUGUUCCUGUCAGAGAUCCAGUCCUUUAGUGAGCGCUCACACAGCUGCAUCUGGAUAUAGAGCAUCAGGUGGAAGUGUACCUGCCGAUACAGCCGAAACAUAACUGAAAUUCUUGCGUUGUUUCUAAGUGUACAUUUUAAAAAACACAUGAUUUACUUUCAGUAAGCUAUAAAACAGAAUAUUUCUAAUCAUUUGUUUGAUCACUGAAAGCCUCUUUAAGCAACUACCUCUUUAGAAGGCUUUACUGUAUGUUUGUCAGCCCACGGCUGAUAUUCUCUGUUGAUGCAGGAGUUGUUGUUCAGUUCGAUGCUACUCCUGCUGGACUCCUCCUCUGACCGUUCUGAACUCUCCCAACCCAUGGCAGGACAUUUGGAGCUCUUCAUGGGACCUUGCUGUCCCAGGAACACACAGGGGAUGUAGUUCUUGGGAAUCCGAUGCAUCAUCUUGGGACACACCACCUGGUCCUUCUCUUGGGUUGGAACUAAAGCUUUGAUGGGCUGGGUCUCUCUUAGGGGUACUUUGGCACUUGAAGCAGCAUCUGUCUGUACUUGACUGAGGCUCUGGAAAACAAUCGAGGAGCUGCUGCUGCUGCCGUCAUGGCUGUCACAAGAACUGGGAAUGAAGGAGUCAAGAUAGAUUAAAUGAUGAGUAUUAGCUGAGAUAAAUACUAUAGUGUAAAUAGUAUUUGAUUUUUUUUACCUGUCAAAAAAUAAUAGUAUUAAUAAUACAUUCUUAGCAAAAAUUUGUAACCCUACCAACUUUUAAAGCUAUUUCCUUAUACAAGUAGUCCACCAGAAGGUAAAAAUGUUAAGUAUCAAUAAGCCUUAUAAAUAACAUAAUAAAUAAUACUAUGGCAGCACCUUUGAUUAAUUCCAUUAUCAAUUAAUAUGCUAUGAUCAUUUGUAUUGUACAAUGAAAAGAAAAUACAAUGAAAAAUAUCCAUAACAAUUAAUAAGAUCAGUUGACGCUGGAUCCUACCUGUCUUGUUGUCCAGGUGAUUCCAGUGCAGGCAGGAGAGAUUCAGGAUCUGCAACAAAGACGUUUUUCACAUAAAGCUCGUGUUAAGAUAGGAAGAGUCAGUGUUGUUGUUCACUAAACUACUCACAUGCAGCAGGCUGAACAUGUUCCAUCCACGCAGUGUGAUAGCCCACAACAUUAAUAUGCUGCAGGCUGGACAACACUUUCACUUCCCUGAGUACCUAAAGCAAAAUAGAAUUAUGUAAUUAUUAGUCUAUUAUAUAUCUGCAUUUGGGCAUAAAAAUUUUCAUAAAACACUGACGGACCAACCUUCAUGCAGUCAUCCUUUGACACUUUUUUGAUGAGAAUCUUCUUCACAGCAUAAUGUUGUCCAUCCAGUUUGUUAAUAACCU